AUGAGAAACUUGCUGGCCACCACGGAAGAUGUUCCGACUUGGUGCAACAAGAGUAAUGACUACUCCUAUCCUUUUAAGCAGAUAGCAGCGAGUUACGGGUUUCCGGCACGAAGUUGGCAGCAGAAUGCUCUUUCGACGGCGUUAGAGCCCAGUUGUGUGCUUACUCUGCCCAUGAACGCUGCUGCAUCCGAACUGCCAUCGGAUACGGAGCUCCCGAUGAAUAAGUCGAUUGCGACUAACCUUGCAGCGUACGCGUUGUUAGUGAGCAACAACUUUCUCGGCUGGUGGGGAGAAGACGACGUGGCGUGGGGUCAUGAUUGGUAUCUUUACUACAAGGAUCGUACGGAUUCUUUCGCUAUGGCGGACCACUUGAAUCUAACGGAACAUUUCUCCGGAGAGGUAUCAUUCCUCGCCAACGUACACGAAGUUGUCGCUGACUACUUCCGCAAGACAGCGAAUGCCAGCACUACGAACGAUUUGGCGAAAGUAGAAUUUGCACACGUUGACUUGUCAGACACUAUGGUCUUCGACGCUCUCACGAUAGAGAUUUCGACGCAGAAAACUGGGAAGCAGGCCAACAAUUCAUCGGAUUUCUACGAAUCCCUGAAUUCCGUCUUGUGUAACCAUGACGCUUGUCUACUGAACGAUUUGGGAGAAUUUAUUGCUAACGGAGCCUCGACGACAAUCUACCCACGCGUGCAGGCCCUGGCCAUUUGUUUGAACGAGGCUGGGGGCGAAGAUCUUGUGGUGGACUUCAACUAUUGGCGUGCAAACGAGGUGUUCCAAGCCUGUGAACGGCGCUCAAAUACGUCUAUGAUUAUCGUCAGCAUCGGUAAACGCCUGGAAGGGGACGCGUUUGAAAGACGCCCGGCAAAUACAAAUCCUGGGGUCUCCAUAGCUGGCCAGUUGAAGAAUGCUCGCAUGGUUUACUUUCUUACUGUUGGCCGGCUUUCGUGGACACCGGAAGAUCUCUCUGAUGUGUUCAGUGCAGAGUGCCUGGUUGAGAGUGGCUGCUAUGGCAUUCAAUUUCCGUUGGACAAUGGUGAGAAUACUUCUAGAGCCGAAGUUCUGGUGUCUAGCGCACGUGGGGUUCCGAUAAACUUGCUCAACCCGAUCAACCUGAACGAGUUGUUUUUCCAGCACUCUGUUAGUAUCUCCCAAUGGAAAAUAUUGGUCUCCACCGUUGACGAAACUCGAGGUGCAGAGCUGGUAGCAGAGACUCGACCGGCAGUGGCCGUUUUGCCACGCAAUUUCGAAACUGUCGAUACAUCUUUUACAGCUUACAUGGAAGAGGAAGGCUGGAAGUUCUGCGAAUUGUUUAUUGACAAACACCUCACGCAUGUGGAGAAAACCAUCUAUACAUUGAGCGCGCGCUUCAGCCAGCUUCUACUUCGCAAGUUUCCCUGGAAUUUUCGGGAAACAUUCAAGAUAUCUGUUGCAGGAUGCGUGGUGGUAUUAGUAUGUUCGAUUAGCAUCGGAAAGCUUGCCAAGAAGGGAGACGGGCUCUUGCUCGACCACGGAGCAGCAAGCACUGCGGCUGAAGCAAUGGGGAAUCAGGACAAGUUUCCUCAUUUCCUGUUGCACGUUCAGCUCCGUGAAGAAGCUGCAAGAGGUCUACCAGAACCCGUGCUAGACUCGCUUCGCGUGAAGAGCAUGGUUUUGGUAAAUAGAUCGGGCGAAACGCAGCAAUUCAAUCUUUGA